AUGGACCACUUCAAUGCGACUGUCAAGGAUGGGAAACUGGUUAAUACUCGUCGCGGACUUCAAGUGUCGAGGCAGAAGUUUAAUGGGAUAUCGUUUGUGAAUACCUCAGCCCAGGAUUCUUCGUCUUCUGGCACACAGUCGUUUCGCUUGACGAAGGAGUCUCCUUCAAAGUCCACCUCUCUUCUAGAGAUCAAAUUCGCCGAUACAAGAAACGAGUUACAGUCUGCUGGGACAGCUACAAGUGUACAAGAAGGGCAAGGUCGAACGCCAAAUUUCAGCUUCGUGUCGGAAACGGGACAACAGCACCAGGCCAAGAAGCAACCACGGCGAAGAGCAACUCCAAAGCCAAAGGGACAGCAAGACCACCGAAGAAACUCGGCCUCACCAUAUUUGUCUUCUCCCGACUCUCGUCCACCAUCCCGGUCAUCUGUUGCUACACCACCGCCUCGGUUGGAAGAGACAGCAUUGCAGUUCUUUGGCUCUUCUUUUCCAACCUCACAACGGCAGCCUCAACUCCAGCAACAGCCUUUUCUCUCUCCUACAAUUCAGGAGUAUCAUGCCCGCCAGCAGCAGCAUCUACAGGUCAAUAGCCUUACUGCCAUUACCUCUCCACCACCACCGCCGCCUUGGCCGCCAGCCGAAUCAGCCACCUACCCCCCACCGUUCUCCCCUUCCCAGUCCGGCUGGGAGCUCUUCCACCACUACAACACUCACCACUUGCCUCUCCAGCUCUACCCCUACGAAGACAUUGUUACCUACAAUCCCGCACGCUCAGACAAUAACGAGAGUUCUAUCGGCUUCUCUGAUAUCGCCGCUUUUCACUGCGUUCUAAUGUGUGGGGCAAUAGCUGAGGCUGUCCUAAACCGUCAGCACCACUUGGCAUCUGAAUCCGAGACGGAACCAAGAGGGUUUGCAUAUCACAUAUCGAAGAUAUGCGCCAUAUUGAACAAGAAGCUAGACGGGAAUCACUGGGAUAUGCACAUGCGAGGACUCCAGAAAGUGCUCGAUGUACUAGGAGGGCUAACAAGCCUGCCAACGUGGGUGGUAAGGAGGAUACACACCGCCGACCUCAAAGGAGCCACAGCCCUCGCCUCAACUCCCUAUCUCCCGCUCACCCGCUCUCUAAUUCCCUCAGUCACAACCGCUAUCCUACCACCAGCCCAACUAGCUCACACUACCCACACGAUCAACUCCAUCCUCCAACCCCUCGACAUCCACCCCUCCGUCAUAACAACCCUAAUCACCCUGUCACACUUCACCUCAGCAGUCCAUCUAGCCCGACAGUCAACUACCAGCUCCAUGAGAUUCGACCCCUACAUCUUUACAGAAGAACUCCAAUCCGUCACAUAUGACCUUCUCACCCUGCCCAACCCACUCAGCAAACACUCGGAAGAAACACCUCUAGACAUCACACCAACUCUCGAACAAGCCCUCCGUAUAUCCUCCCUCCUCCUUCUCAAGGACCUCCUCCCCGACCACCCCCGCAACCUCGGCGGUUACACCACUUUAGUCGGCCUACUUCGACACCAUCUCCAGAUUAUCACUCAGGUUGUUUCACCAGCACACAACCUACUUGUCGAUCCACAACUCCGGCAACAUCACGGAAGAAAGAAAGAGCUGAGACAGGUACUGACCUGGGUCUGUCUAGUGGGUGAUGUAGCAACUCAGAGAGCAAAACAAAAUGACUGCCGCUACCGAGAAGCUGGCGACAACACCGUUCUUGAGGAAGAUCAAAAGGAGUAUUCACGGGAGAUAUUCCAGAGUGGUUUAGUCUCCGUUUUUGGUCCUGAUAAUAACACUGAGGAUCUCGCCUUGGUCGAUCUAUUCAAGUUGGGAGAUGUUAUAUGCAAGAAAGGGGAUGAUCUUGAAGGGGUUGUUUCACUAUUUGGAUGA